AUGGCAACCGAUUCACAGAACGCUAGUAAUGAAGGUCCGGCAAUAUGUCUAAUCUGCAAUGGUCCAGAAGAAGAAGAUUUCCAUAUGCCUGAAGAAGAGCAACUUGCGAAGGAAAAGGCCUGGGAGCAACAAAUGGCCCUUCGGGCUAAACGUCUCGAAAUGGAGAAAGCUUGGAGCAAACGCCAGCUGCAGCUUGAGAGAGAUAUGCGGGAGCAAGAGUUGCUUCACGAACGCGAGCUGCAAAACCUAAAAUUAAAGCAGGAACAAGAAUUGUUAGAUCAGCAGCUGAAGGCAGAGGAAGAAUUCCUUCGUAAGCGAGAAGAUAUUCGACAGCGUGGAAAUAAAAGUGCUGCAAAUUUGAAGCGAAUGAUGGACGAAGUUUCACUACAUGGUAUAGAUGAUGGCGCAGAAGGUACAUCAAAGAAUGAAGUGCAGCUGUGGCUAGAUAAAUCAAAAUUGCAUAAUGAUGCUAAAUCCAAACCCGUUAGCGUACAGGUUCAGAGCGCAUUAACGGAGCGCCGAGAGCUAGAAAAAACCUGUCCUGCUCCAAGUAAUUUGUCUCACUUCUCGGAGGGUGAUGAGGGAAACGUCUCGCUUAAUACUAUGGCAUUCAUAGAUGAGGGUUCUUCUAGCACAUUAAUAGAUAAAAAGGUAGCAAAUGCUCUGAAAGCGAAAGGCAUUAUGGAGCCGCUGGUGGUGACAUGGACAGCGGAUAUCAAAAGAUUUGAAAAUGAUUCACGAAGAAUAAGUUUGCUGUUGUCGGCAAAAGGGUCGCACGACAAAAUUAUGCUGGAAAAUGUACGUACCGUGUCUGAGCGUGUUCUGCCUAAACAGAGCUGUCGAUAUGUAGAAAUAGCAGCACGACUUCCUCAUCUUUCCGGCCUACCAGUAGCGGAUCACACUGGAGAAGAACCAGCGAUCUUGAUCGGUCUGGACAAUUUACACUUGUUCGCACCUUUGGAAUCCCGAGUAGGGAAAGCUGGUGAACCAAUAGCAGUACGUUCGAGAAUUGAAUCCAUUAGCAAUCAGGAACUUCAUGACAUGUUGAGGGCACAAUAUGUUCUCGACGAAGCUGGGGAGUCGUUUUAUGGGAUACCGGAGUCAGCAGAAAUUAAAAGGGCGAAAUCGAUACAGCAAUCCACGACAGUUCGUGUUGGAGAUCGUUUUCAGACCGGGCUACUGUGGCGAACAGAUAGUCGGCAAUUUCCUGAUAGCUUUCCAAUGGCAACGGGGAGAGCGAAGGCUUUGAAAAAAAGAUUGGAAGCUAAUGUAGACUUGAUGGAAAAUGUUUGUAACCAAAUUGAGAAUUAUCAAGUCAAAGGUUAUGCUCAUAAGGCGACAAGGGAGGAGCUCUCAGAAACACCACCGUCUUCAGUUUGGUAUUUAAUACUCAACGUAGUGCUGAAUCCAAAAAAGCCUAAAAAGGUACGGCUUGUAUGGGAUGCAGCAGCAUCGGUAAAUGGUAUAUCCUUAAAUACGGAAUUGCUAGCGGGUCCAGACAUGCUGACGUCUCUGCCGGACGUGACAAGUCGUUUUCGGGAAAGGCCGAUUGCCUUCGGAGGAGACAUCGAAGAGAUGUACCAUCAAAUUAGAGUGCGGUCAGAGGAUAAAUCAGCCCAAAGAUUCUUAUUUCAGUCACCAAAGGACAACGAAUUGCAGGUAUAUGUGAUGGAUGUGCUCACCUUUGGCUCCACGUGCUCCCCCAGUUCCGCGCAAUUCGUAAAGAAUUUAAACGUGAGUCAAUUUGCCGAAGAGUUCCCAGAAGCAGCCGCUGCGAUAGUUGAUCACCACUAUGUGGACGACUAUUACUAUCAUAAUUCAGGACACAAUUCAGGAAGCAAUCCAUCGCGCUCAGACAGUAAAGACAUUUGGAGGACGGGCUGUGAGUGGGACGAGGAGAUAGAUGAUUCAUCGUUCGAGAGAUGGAAAAAGUGGUCCCGAAUGUUGCCAGAAGUCGAAGCUUUCCACGUACCGCGAUGCUACUUCGGGAAUGCUAAGUCUCAUGAAGUCCAUGACGUUCAAUUACAUGUGUCUACUGAUACCAGCGAAACAGCGUAUGGAUGCGUGGCGUUCUUUCGCGCCAUCAUUAAUGGCGAGGUCAAGUGUGCCUUGGUGAUGAGCCGAUCCAAAGUUGCUCCACUAAAGUUAAUAUCAAUCCCGCGACUGGAAUUACAGGGUGCGGUGGAAGGUGCCCGAUUAGCGCGAAAAGUUCGUGAAAACCACAGCAUUAAAAUUAGCAAACAAUUCUUUUGGACCGACUCGCAAACGGUUUUGUCGUGGAUACGAUCAGAUCAGCGAAACUAUAAACAGCUUGUUGGAUUUCGAAUUGGAGAGAUCCUGAGCUUAACGACAUUGGGAGAAUGGCGCUGGAUUCCGUCGAGACUUAAUGUAGCGGACCAACUAACUAAAUGGGGUAAAGACCCGGACUUCACUACUGAAAGCCAAUGGAUCCGUGGACCGGCGUUUCUAUAUCGAAAGGAAGAAGAUUGGCCAAAUAAAAGUAUGCCACCGGCGAAUACAACAACGGAAUUUCGAACCAAUCUGCUGCUGCCCGACGUAGUUACACCAGAAGUUGUCAUAGAAUCUCGACGAUUUUCUAAGUGGAAGGUCAUUGUUAGGGCUAUGGCUUGCGUAUACAAGUUUUUAUCCAAAUGCAAAGCGUGUACAGAACUGGAGCCAAAAGAAAGGAUCAAAGCAAAAAAUGAUCGCAAGGAGAGGUUGACCAAUAUAGUCUCACGACCAAUUAAAUUACUGCUGAGUCAGGAAGAGUAUCAGAAAGCUGAGUUGUAUUUGUUAAAAGUGGCGCAGGCGGAUUCAUAUCAUGCAGAGUUGAAGAUACUGAUGCGAAAUAAAGAGCGCCCCGCAAAUCAGUGGCUUUCUUUGAAAAAAUCUACCAAUCUCUAUAGAUUAACACCAUUCAUCGAUGAAAACGGACUGAUACGGAUGGAAGGGCGUAUCGAUAACGCAGGACUGCUGCCAUUUGAUCUGCGGUUUCCUAUCAUACUGCCGCAAGAUCAUCAAAUCACGACGCUACAGUCUGCGGAAGCUUUGCGUGAUGCCUAUAAACGAUCACAGCAAUUGGCGGACGACAUGUGGAAACGAUGGAUUAGAGAAUACUUGCUAUCAAUUAACCAGCGCACCAAGUGGAUAGAUGAGUCGAGACCACUAAAAGUUGGAGAUUUGGUUUACGUAAUUGAAGGUACUUCGCGAAAAUCCUGGGUUCGCGGAAUUGUUGAAGAGACGAUUGUAUCGAGCGAUGGAAGAAUUCGUCAAGCAUGGGUGCGUACUCACAGUGGAGUAUUUAAGCGAGCAACGGUGAAACUAGCAGUGAUGGAGAUAGAUGACAGUAACGCUGGGCCCGAUUUACAUCCGACCAGAGUUACGGGCGAGGGAUAUGUUGGGGACGAUAUUCCGGAACAAAUUGACAACACUGUUACUUGA